AUGGCUACCGGCCGACUGACGCUAGCAUUAAAGAUCACGAUGGAUGGCUUCAGCCGUACAACGGAAAGUAUGGGAAAGGACAAAACACCAAGCGGGAACGAACACGAUGACGGUGCCGGCGCUGGAGACCGCCCCAGCAAAAAGCAGAAGCGUGCUGCCGCCGCCGUUGGGCUGAGCGAUGGGGAACAGGACGCGUCCCCCGCUCCUGCUGGUAAGGGCUACGGAGUCGUCGGUGAGGAUGGUCUGACAUACAAGCAGCGAAGGCAACUCCGUCGUGCGGCAGAGCGGGCGGCCAGGGAGGCGGAGGCGGCCGCAGCGGCCGCUGCAGCAGUGGCCGGCAACGGCGAAGCCGGUCAGGUUCCAGCUCACAUGUGUCUAGGGGAACUUCUGUGCGACUUUUGUGUGCGUCUCUCUUGCUAUCUGGGCAUAAGUCGCCUCCCCACCGUACCUUUCUCCUGCUCGACCCGGUGGGCGAGUGGGGGAGGGCUCCCCUCGGCCACUCCGGCGGCUGCAACAGCCCUCCCUGGACUUGGACCCGACACCGAUAUGGGGGGAACCAGCGCGGGUAAGAAGAACAAGGACAAGAAGCUGGGCAAGGACAAGGACAAGGACACGGGUGGAGCGGGGGCGGCAAAUGGCGCCGCUGCCUCCCCCGCCGUCCCGAGUGCUGGCGCUGUUGUAGCCGCUGGGAAGGGUAAUGCGGACGAGGCGGCAAGGAUACGGGCGGUGCUCGGGUUUUCCGCGGCCGGGGGUGACGGCGGAGGGAAACUAAAGUUGGCCGUUGGGUUCUCGGGGCCCCCCGCCCCUGCGGUUGGUGGUUUGCAGGAUGCGAAGCACUCUGAUAGUGUCGGGGAGGAAUCUGAGCCCGUGGGUAAGAAGCAGGAGGAGGACGAGAAGGCGGAGAAGAAAAGUGAUAAGGGGAAGAAGGGGAAGAAGAGUAGCAAGAAGGGGGGGGAGGAGGUGAAUAAGGUGGAGGACAAGAACCGAACAAGCGAGCAACAGAAGAAAUCCAGCAAGAAACGGAAAAGCCAGGAGGAGACAGAGGAGGACGAGAAGGAGGAGAAUACGGGGCCGCGGCAGGAGGGGGCUGCUGGGGCCACUACUAGGGGGGCCACAGCCGCCUCACCUCCAGCAGCCGCGGGUGGCAGGUCUGCUGAUGGCAGGACAGCAAUGGAUGUAGCGCCUACAACGACAAAAACAACCGACAUGAAGGCUAGCAAGCAGCAGCAACCGCUUAAUGACGGGAAGACGCCGUUUUCGUUUUCUUUCCAGCUCCAAGCUGACGUAGAGGCUGAGACUGAGGCUCGGUUAGCUCGGCUCAUGGCGCUGGACAGUACGAAGGAUGGGUUCGUACCGAGGAGGAUCUGGGUGAGUGGCCUGCCUCACGAGUUCGACGAGGCCACUGUACGGGAGUAUUGGAGCUACUGCGGGGAGGUGGAGUCCAUGCACCUGCUGACAUUCCCCGACUCGGGCAACUUCAACGGCACGGCCUACAUAACAUUCAAAACACAGGAGGGCUACGAGGCGGCUCUGGCUUGCAAGGGGGAGAUGCUGGAGGGGCGGGCUCUGCGGGUAGAGAAGUGCAAGGCGGCGGCGGAGCUGAAGGGCAAGGCUCGAGGCGCAUCAGGGGCCCCGGGUCAGCGAGCCAGUGGGGGCGACGGCGGCUCGAGUGCGGCGGAUGGCACAAGUGGCGGCGGCGGUGGUGGGCGCGUGGCUGGCUACCCGGUUGCCUAUUGUGGCAACAUCUCCUUCGAGGCGGGUGCUGAGGAGCUCCAACAGCUGUUCAGUCGGGCGGGUGCGGUCCCCACCAAGAUCCGCCUGCAUUCAGAUAAGGCAACCGGCAGGUCACGGGGAUUUGCUCACGUGCACUUUGCCAAUGAUGAGGAUGUGGACAAGGCGGUGGCUCUGGAUGGCACUUCCUUCCAUGGCCGCAAGAUACGGGUGUCGUACGCGCAGCCAAAACCUGGGGAGACCUGA